GCAACACCGUGCUUCUCCUCCUGCUGUGUGUGCAGCAUUCUUUCCCUGAACCCAGCAGGCUGUACCUUGAACUCAUCCUGGGUACCCUGGCCCUGGAACUGAUCUGUUCCCUGACCUGUCUGCUCCUGUAUGCGGUGAAAAUUGGGAAAUUUAAUAGAGCCAAACCACAGCCAGAUGUACUUGAAGAAGAAAAAAUUUAUGCUUACCCCAGCAAUAUUACCUCGGAGACUGGAUUCAGGACUGUUUCAAGUCUAGAAGAAAUUGUUGAGAAGCAAGGAGACAUAAUAGUGUACCUGAAGCGACACAAUGCCCUGCUGAGCAAGCGGUUGCUGGCACUCACUUCUUCGGACCUGGCCUCUCAGCCAGGUAGAGCAUGAGAGACUCACUGGAUGGCAGCUGUCGAGUGCCCGCUAACUUCAGACUGUCUUGGUGAAUCAUAGCCUCUGCUGGGCUCACGGUGUGUGUUGGAAACCUGAAUUCAGUUCUCACCUGUGUGGCUGUUCCAGAGGUGUAGCCUGUGGGUCAUUCGUAGAAGUCUGGAUAACUUGAGAAUGUUUUGUACAUUUUGAAAUAGUUUACCUUUUGGCUUUUCUAGAAUCAAAGGUAUAGUUUAAGAACCCUGGAAUAAUUUGGCUAUUUAUAAAGGAAAGCUGACGCAACAA